AUGGAGCUUCUCAAGGGACCCUAUCUGGUCUUGGGCCAGUCCAUUCCGCUGCGUGUGAAGAUGACGAAAGAGGGUGGUCAUGAUCGUGAUAUUUUACUCAACGAUUUCCAAAGUAUGCUUAUUGAAACCACCCAAAUACGAGCACACGGCGCGGUCGAGAGCUUUGAUCGUUUCUGGAUCGUGCAAACCAUUGCAAAUAUGAAACGGAAGAUCUGCGCCGAAAAUAUAGCAGAUGGAGAAGUGUUUUAUUUGCCAGAGGGUAUUUGGAAUUCUUAUGCUCUGCAUCUGGGGAUUACUUCAAGUUUUGAGGUAUGCAACAUCAAGCGCAUCUACGAGCUUGAGGUUCGCCUUGGUUUCCAAAUUGGAGAGUCAAAUGUGGGUCAAUCUGAUAACUUAUAG